UAAAAAAUGGGGGAGCGAAAAGGUCAAAACAAGUAUUACCCGCCCGACUAUGAUCCCAAGAAAGGUGGGCUCAACAAAUUUCGUGGCACUCAUGCCCUACGCGAACGCGCAAGAAAAAUACAUCUGGGCAUAAUCAUCAUCCGAUUUGAGAUGCCCUAUAAUAUCUGGUGUGAUGGCUGCAAGAAUCACAUAGGCAUGGGCGUGCGCUACAAUGCAGAGAAAACCAAAGUGGGCAUGUACUACACUACGCCGAUUUACAAGUUUCGUAUGAAGUGCCAUUUGUGCGACAACCACUUUGAGAUACAAACCGAUCCUGGCAACUUGGACUAUGUUAUCCUGUCAGGCGCGCGACGGCAGGAAAACCGCUGGGAUCCACUUCAGAACGAGCAGGUGGUGCCGGAGACGAAGGAAGUACAAAUCCGCCUCCUUGACAGCAUGUACAAGCUUGAACAUCAGGCCAAGGACGCCAAGGCUGCUGCAGAUGCGAAGCCGGUACUGCAGAAGCUUGUCGAGCGCAAUAUGGAUGUCUGGGAUGACAAUUAUGAAGCCAACUGCCGACUGCGCGCCACCUUUCGGAAACAGAAACAUGAAAUCAAAGGACAACAGGAAUUGGAUCGUCAGUUGCUGGCCAAGAGCAGCCUGGACAUAGCUCUGCUGCCAGAAAUAGCGCAGGAUAGAGAAAUGGCAGCGCUGAUGAAACUACAAACCAAAUCGGCCAAGGAGCGCGAAGCUGAACAGCGUUUGGAGCUGCUGAUGAAACCCGCCUUGCCAAGUGCUACUGCCACUACAUUUGGCGGACUAAAACGACAAAAAGUGUUAAACACGCAUCUGCAAUUGCAGGAUCUAGGCAUAAUACGCAAAGAGGAACCUCAGAUUAAUCGUGCAACAACAAUAACAGCAAAUCAAGAUGGCGAAAGUACAAAUGUGAUCAAUAGUCUGUCUCUAGUCGGCGAUUACGGAAGUUCAAGUUCCGCCAACAGCAGUCCCACACAAAAUGAUUGAUAGUUUCGAUACCGCAGAGUAGUUUAAUAAAUAUUUAUGCAAAUA